AUUUGCAUUAGGAUACCUUUCAUCAAUGUUUAAAUAUUCCUUCCAAUCCAUUCGGUAACACAACAACCGGAAUCAUUAUUAAUUUUGGACGCUUAGGAGUUGAACAUCAGCUGCAAAACAAGAUGCUGGGUGCCAAAUACAAACACAGCUCUGAACUUCAUGAGAUCAUUCUGGUAAAUUAAGCAAAGCACCCUCCAUUCUUUUCCAAAGCAUGAGCUGUCUGAGAUUGCACACAUACUUAUAGCAACUGUUAUUGUUACUAAUGGUAUACAGAAAGGUCAAUAAUGUGUAUGCUACUAAACUCCCUCAUUUAGCAAUGCCAACGGUUUCCUAGAAUAAGUUCAUUUUGCACCAUGCCCUAGAAUAUUUGGACAACAAUCCAAAUACCCUUGUCUCUACGAGUUCUAGCAUUAAAACUUCGUACUGCGUUCCUAACUUAUUGUUUUGAAGAAUCAGACUAUUAAUUGCUCGUUGAUGAAAUCAAGCAGAAAAGGCCAUGAAGUAUUAGUUCUUGGAAGUGCUUGCAAUUCUUCAAAGGUAGGCUUAAUUGUUAGAAGGCGAAACAGGUAUAUAGAGAGUUUUCUAUCCAGCCGAUUUUACAGUAUACACGCCAACUGCCGAAGAUGAAGAAAAUCGGAGCUGUAUUAGUGAUUGCCUUCUUCGUAACAAACAGCACAGCAUUUCCAUUUUGGUUCAAUCGGCUCGGUAAUGAUUUUAAUGACCUCUUUGUGAGAAGUCUUGACGAUGUUUUAACACCCGAUGAAGAUUCGAUUCUCGACAUUUUUGAUCCUGCUGAAUCGUUCCAAGCACCAAUGAAAAUAUUUAUGUCACCACUAGGCACUGGCUUGACUAAACACCCCGAAUUUGACGAUUUCAACGUAUUGAAGGAGGACAUUUCUUUGCCAACAGCCACUCCGUGCAGGAAGGGGUUAUCUCCAGCAGUCCAAGAAGACCUACCUCUUCCAUACAUCCCGAACUACAGUGUAGUGGCUGCUCCGUUUAACACUCCAGGUCAUCAAAUUUUGGGCCUGUUACCAAAAAACGAACAACUUACUGCGAACUUUCUCUGGGUCGACGACGUCAAAAUACCUGAAGUUUCUCAGUUAGUCCUGGCCUUGCCAAACGGCCAGGUUUUGCCAGAAAAAUUUGAGCUCAUCGUUAUCAAGUUUAAAACCGAACCUCUACCUCACAACGCCCGGAUUGUAGGCUACAAUUUUCCACGGUUACGCUAUCCAGGGGGCUUCUUCAAUCCAAUCAAUUCACAUCUUGUAGCAGUUCGAUACAAUCGGAAAUCUGAAUUUUCGGCGGCUUCCUACGUGUGCUUGGGCUUCCUUCCUAAUUCGCAUCCGUUGUCUUACUCUCUCGCUACGCAACAAGUGCAAUCGCGCGUUCCGCCUGCCAUUCCUUCCAAGACGAAUCAGCCGUCAUUUCGGAACACGGUAGUUCAACAGCAGAUGCCUAUGUUGUCAAUCCCUCCACUGGAAUUCCUACGGCCUUCAGCUGUUGACUUUGUAACUCCGCCAUCACCGCUUCCUCUUACUCGUACUGCCGAAAAGAUUCUACUCCGCUCUCUGGAACAGUUCACGGAAAGACAUCCGGAAACGCCACUAUUCCAAGUGCCAGACAGUUUUGAACUUUCAGCUGUUCGGCCUGAAAUUUUCGUCCAUUCACGUGAAAGAAACCGUCCAAUCGGCAUAGUUCCAAAAUCUGUACCGCUUCAGUCCAAUCUGUUACCUCUUAUGGGCCCUCCAAAUCACGACGAUAUGGAGAACAUCUGGGCCGAAUUUCAGGUGGUAGUUGCAAUGGACACUAGUUCGUCGCUUCCUCCUUUCUUCCAGCCUUUUAUCUUGGUUAAAAGUAUUCAAGGUGACCUGUCGGAAAACGGAGUAAAAUUGCCAGUUAUUAUCAGCAUCAAUGACGAAGACAACGGAAAGUCUUCCUAUCAAAUUGUUCUGGUUCGAAAUCCAUACGAACCGAUUCCUGUUCAUCCUUACUUUAUUAUGUGCAUGAUUCCCAAGAUUCAGAAGGAGCUAACGUCUCCAGUGACCACCACAAAAACUCCUUUGUCGAACGCGGAUGCUCUAGACAACCCUGCCAUCCAUCCGAGAAUGACUGCCACCACUACGUCUAAACCGUAUAUUACUGAGACAACUAAAUCAUCUAUUCCUACUGCCAAGAAGACUGAGCCAGCCCAUGAAAACGGACGUGACGAUAUGGCUGCCAACGCCAGCCAAUCGAACCAGGUCGAGGGUCAGCCUCUGCCGUCGAAAAAAUCAUGGAAAUAUCGUUUUUCUUUCAUGGAACCAUCAGUAAAAGUCAUUAAAAGGGAAGAAGCUACAACUCAACGUUCUAUCUUGUCAUACUUUUGGUACUGACACUCGCCGCGCUAUUCUUUUCAUUAUUUGUAACGCCUUUUAUUGCCAUGUUUGAAAGACGGAUAGUAAUACUUUGUAUCCAUAACGCGGGCGUAAUAAUUCUCCCUAGUUCCCGUUUGCAGAAGACUUGCAAUAAUUCAACACGCAAUUUUUUC